AUGGCUGCAGAUGGCAAGAUUGAUGUGCUGCUUUAUGGACUCGGAGCAAUUGGCUCCUUCUACGCCUUUAUCCUAAGUCGUAACCCGAAUGUCCAGCUUACGGUGGUUGCGCGAUCGAAUUAUGACGCAGUCAAGAAUACUGGUCUGAUCGUCAACUCGCAAAACCACGGCCAGCACACUGUCCACCCGUACAGGGUGGUCAAGACCCCUGCCGAAGCAAAUCAGAAAUUCGAUUACGUCGUUUGUGCACACAAGGCCAUCGACCAAGGCUCGGCGGUGACUGCGCUUGGUCCAGCGGUCGACGAGGACAGAACCACUAUUGUGAUUAUCCAAAACGGAGUUGGAAAUGAGGAGCCAUUCAGAAAUGCAUGGCCAAAGGUUACUAUCAUCACCUGUGUGACAUGGACUGGUGCAACACAGACAUCACCAGGCUAUGUGGAACAUACCAAGAGCGAAGACAUGCAGAUCGGUUUAUUCCCGUCGACCAUCUCGCCCAGCGAAACCGAGAAGACACGCCUUGACACCCUCUCCUCACUGCUGACACGGGGCGGUACCAAAUUCACAGUGCUCGACGACAUGCCACGACAGCGCUGGGAAAAGGUCGUCUGGAACGCCGCGUGGAACUCGCUCACCACGGUGACCCUGCUCGACACGCAAACGUGGCUCAAGUCCGGCCCUGAAGCCAUGCCUGUCACACGCAAGCUAAUGACUGAGGUUAUCGAGGUCGGGCGGGCGUGCGGUGUCACUUCGCUUGAUUAUAACUUGGUGGAUCGCCUGAUUGAGAGGAUUCUUGCGAUGCCACCGAUCGGCUCGAGUAUGCAGACAGACUGCAAGGCAGGUCGGCCCUUGGAAGUCGAUGUCAUCUUGGGAUAUCCGUAUCGAAAAUCGAAAGAGCUUGGCCUGAACACCCCGACGCUGGACACUAUCUAUGCGGUAGUCGUUGGGGUGGACCGAAGGCUGAGAGACGCGCUGGGGAAAUAA